GUAAAAUACUUUUCCAUUUAUGUACAGCCGACUAAAAACUAAAAACAAAAACCAGGAGAAAAGUAAACGCAAGGAAAGCGGGGGAAAGGAAAGGAAAGGAAAAGGCGCUCGGCUGGGUUUGAGUAUUGACGCCGCCACAACCAGUUUCUUUGCCGCGUCUUCAAUCCAUCCAUCCAUACAGGAAAAAAGAAGAGUUAUGCAUAGAUCUUCGAGCACCUCCCGGUUCUCCGACGAGGACCGUCCAAGCUACUCCAUCCCCAAAUCCAAAUCAACCACAUUUCACGAUCUCCCAACCUACGAUCCCCUCUCCCACGUGGCCAAGAAGGAGAUCUCCCGUCUCAGAUCCGCAGAGAACGCCGUCCACUUCAUCCCUCUCGUCCUUGUCCUCUCUGCCAUCGUUCUCUGGUUCUUCUCCAGCACAGAAUCUAGAAUUUGAGAAACUGAACUUUGCCGUCCCUGCAUACAAAUUGGCAUCAGCAUUUCCAUGGCGACUCACCAGUCACCUCAGAGAUUUCGAGCUGCAAUGUUACCCCAGAAGUCUGCCAUUGAACAUGUGAGGCAAAACGAAAAGGGUUCAUCACAAUGUAUGUUUCUGCAGCGGAAGCACUUGAGAGUUUUGCAACUGUAAGCUACUGGUUUUGCGAAUCAUUGUUCCAUUGUCUAAGUUGAAUGAGAGAAUGAAUUUAUGCUCUGUAG